UCCGCCCACGUGACUGGUGGUGUCGUUUGGGGCCGCGCUUCUUGCUCAGUUGGCGGGUCUCAGCAGACUGCUUCCUUCCUCCAGCGCGGCUAGGACACUCCAGCAGGCAGACCCCGACCAGCAGACUCGCUUUCAUCCACCAUAUUCAACAUGUCUAACCGGCACAGAGCCGCCCGCAUCGGCGACCUUAAACACGGAAGCAGCGGUCCAUCUCGGUGGUCCCAGUGCAGGAAGAGGGGAAUAGACGGAAGCCUGCGGUCCCACAGUGACGAGGACAUUGAUGACAGCAGACAUUCCAGUUUCACCACUCCAGAAAGUGCAGGGCCGGUAUCUCGAUGUGGUCGCCAAUCUGACUGGGGAAGCCAGGUGGAGGACGAAGAGAUGAGACGAGGUGUUCACAGAGACAUGCAGCGUUACAGGAGGAGGAUAUUGGCUGCAGAGGGCAGCCAGAGGGAGAGAAAGGUCUCAUCCGGCUCUUCUGGGAGCAGCUGUGACUCCAGAGACGGUGAAAGCAUUGAGACUGACGAAGCUGUGUUGAUGCGAAGACAAAAGCAGAUAAGCUACGGCAAGAACACACUGGCCUACGACCGAUACAUCAAGGAAGUGCCCAAGCACAUGCGUCAGCCCGGCGUUCACCCAAAGACUCCCAAUAAGUUCCGGAAGUACAGCCGGCGCUCCUGGGACCAGCAGAUCAAACUGUGGAGGGUCAAGCUGCAUGCCUGGGACCCCCCAGCAGAGGACAGCCAAGAAAACACCCUCAGUGGCAACAUAGAGGAGCUGGAUCUUGAGGAUAUCGUGGAUAUUGAGUUGGACUUCCCAACUUUGGCUGACUGCCAGAAUGCCCCAUCUUCGUUGCAGGUACCCAGAUCUUCUGCACAGGAUCAGGACUGUUUUGCUACUCCCGUUAAAGUCCAGAAGACAGAGGAGCCUGAUGUGGCCUAGCUCCUCUUAGGACAACAUGCAUUAAAUUGCUGAAGGCUUUCCCCUAACACUGACUCCUCUGAAGGAUAACGUGCAAACUGUGUGUGUGUGUGUGUGUGUGUGUGUGUGUGUGUGUGUGUGUGUGUGUGUGAGACGGCCUCUGGAUUUGGGGAUGCUUUUGGUUGUUUUUUCCUGUUUAAAGCUAGCUUGUUCCUAAUUUGUAAGUUCAGACCUUUUUACAGAUUCAUCUUCUCAGGGAGUUAUAUUUACAACAAGAUUUUACGCUUCCAGUUUUUACUAAAUUGGACUUGUUUCAAUGUCUGAAAAUCCGGUGCUUACAGGAGCACUUGUUAAACUGAUCAGUGGCCACGAGGAGCAUUGGUUUUCAUCUCUUCAUGUUCACUAGGUGGAAGAUUACAUUAUUGUUUCUGAUUCAUGUUGCUCUUAGUUUUUCUUCAUUGAAAAAAAUAUUCUGUUUAGUUUUAAUGAGCCCUGUAGGGGAGAGGGGGUUGGGUGGUGUAAAAAUUUAAAUCACAACAUUUUAAUUCAGUUGGAUUUAAUUAUUUCUUUUAAUACAGUUGUAACUUUUUCUUAUUGCUGUUUCAUGUUGGAAGAGUUUAAAAUAAAAAAGAGCACACUGAAAA